CAGCCCCCCUCGUGUUCCCUUAUCAGCCCAUCCCUCCCUGUCCACAAGCCACUAUCCCGACCGUGUGCCUCUUUCCGGAAGUGAUGGCUGUAUGCGAUACAAUAACAUCCUUGCUGCGCUGUUAGACAACCCCUCGGCUUUCCGUGAGCCGUUUCGUGUCAUCCCACGCCCGGCAGUAUCGAUUCGACCGUCCUCCCAAGCAUCUGCAAGACCACCCAGAUUUCAUUAGUGCUGUGUCUCGCUCCCACACGCGCGCAUCAAGACGCAGAUUAGCGACACCUCUUGCCCCCCAUUCCAAGUUUUCCCUCUCUCUCUCUCUCUCUCCUUGCCCCGUAUUUUUUCCUUGAUCGCCAUCCGUCAAAGCCGAAAAUACGCGUGACACAACAGCACUCGUUCAGUCUCCGGCAUACACUCGCUUUUCGCAAACAACUCAAUUACGAAAAACAGCAACAGCAGGAGAAGAAUAGAAGAAGAAAAAACAACAAAAAAAACCAACAUCAUCAUCGCGGCUCUGAUGGUUUCGACUUAGCUACAUCACUACCACCACAUUCGUUUUUCACAUUCUUCACCCCCCUUUCCGGUCGCUUUCUCUAUUUCGUCACCAAGAAACAAACCACCACAACAUUGAUACCAAAGAUGAUUUCACCAAUACGACACACAGCAGCCGUUCUGCUCAGUGGCGCCGCCGUCGCCAACGCCGCCACUUAUAGCAUCGCGUCCGCUGCCGACAUCAAACAAACCUCCUCCCUCCUCGCCUGGGACCUCCUCCAAUACUACAAAGGCAACCUCACCGGCCAAACCCCCGGCAUCCUCCCUGGUCCUCCCCCAGCAGGCGAUUACUACUGGUGGGAAGGCGGCGCCAUGUGGGGGACCCUGAUCGACUACUGGAAAUUCACCGGCGACGACAGCUACAACGAUCUCAUCACCCAAGCCAUGCUGUGGCAGGUAGGCCCAGACAAGGACUACAUGCCCCCCAACGUCACCGCCUCCCUGGGGAACGACGAUCAAGGGUUCUGGGGCAUGUCGGCGAUGCUGGCCGCGGAAAACAACUUUCCUGAUCCACCAGAGGAUGAACCGCAGUGGUUGGCGUUGGCGCAGGCCGUGUUCAACACCCAGGCGAGCCCGGACAGGCAUGACGAGACGUGCAACGGGGGGUUGAGGUGGCAGAUUCCUUGGUCGAAUAAUGGGUAUAAUUACAAGAAUAGUAUCGCAAACGGAUGCUUCUUCAACCUGGGCGCGAGACUGGCCCGGUACACGGGCAACACCACGUACGCCGACUGGGCGGAAAAGACAUGGGACUGGAUGAGAGGAGUCGGGUUCAUGGACGAAAAGUACAACAUCUACGACGGCGGGCACGUCGAACACAACUGCACCGACAUCAACCGGGCGCAGUUUUCGUACAACAACGGGGUGUUUUUGCUUGGGGCGGCAUACAUGUAUAAUUAUACAAAUGGUAGUGACAUUUGGCGCGAACGCCUCGACGGUCUCACCGACGCCACCAUCCGCGUUUUCUUCCCCGACAACAUCGCUUACGAGGUCGCCUGCGAGGAGCACAUGUCUUGCACGACGGACAUGCUCAGCUUCAAGGGCUACGUCGCCCGCUGGAUGGCCACCGCCACCCAGGUCGCGCCUUUUCUCGCCCCGAAGGUGUUGCCUGUUCUGCAGAACUCGGCCAAGGCGGCUAUUGCCAGCUGUGUAGGCGAGAAGAACGGACAGAGAGCCUGUGGGUUUAAGUGGUCCACGGGCACCUUUGACGGGAGCCAGGGGGCGGGGCAGACGAUGAAUGUCUUGGGGGCCGUGUCGUCGUUGUUGACCGAGCAGAGCAGGCCUCCUGUGACAAAUUCGACGGGAGGCACGAGCAAGGGGGAUCCGAACGCGGGGAGCCAGAGUGAUAACUUCAAGGACAAGUACCUGCCGCCGACGACGGGGGACAAGGCGGGCGCGGGGAUAUUGACGGUGUUGAUAUUGGUUAGUGUGGUGGGGACGUUUGGGUGGAUGAGCACUGGUGUUUGA